AUGCCUCCGAGAGCCAGAGACAAGCAGAAGGCCCCCGCGCCGCAGCCGCCUCCGCCUUCACUCGAAGAUCUUUUCGCUUCUCUUAAUAGGCACAUCGAGCGAUCCGAAUUCGAAGAAGCCGUCAGAGUUGCAGAUCAAGUUCUCUCAAUUUCUCGUGGCGAUGAGGACGCGCUUCGGUGCAAGGUCGUGGCCUUGGUCAAGGCCGAUGACGUUGAUGGCGCCCUUUCCACAAUUCGAUCUUCUAAGAGUCCUCCUGCGGAUUUCAGAUUCUUCGAGGCGUACUGCUUAUACAGACAAAACAAGUUAGAUGAAGCUCUUCAGUCCUUGAAAAGCCAAGAGAGAAGUUCUGCAACCAUGCUAUUAGAAUCCCAGAUAUUAUUUCGCUUAAACAAGAUGGAUGCUUGCAUUGAUAUAUAUCAGAACCUUCCGAAGCCCAAGAUUGAGUCUGUAGAGGUAAAUUCUGUAGCUGGUUUGGUUGCAGCUGGGAGGGCUUCUGAAGUGAAACGCAUGAUGGACAAACUUGGGGUUAAAGCAAAUAACAGCUUUGAGCUGGCAUACAACACUGCCUGUUCUCUCAUUGAACUGAAUAAGUACACAGAUGCUGAACAGCUCCUGCUUGUAGCCAGAAGAAUUGGCCAGGAAACAAUGGUCUCCGAUAACUUCCCUGAAGACGAAAUAGAAAAUGAAUUGGCGCCGAUAGCUGUCCAGUUGGCUUAUGUUCAGCAGCUUCUUGGGCACAAACAAGAGGCCAUUGAAGCUUACACGGACGUUAUUAAACAAGAUCUGGCAGAUGAGUUAUCACUCGCUGUGGCAGUCAACAACCUCAUUGCUUUGAGAGGUCCAAGAGAUGUUUCUGAUGGCCUAAGGAAAUUUGAUCGACUAAGAGAAAAAGACAAACAAAACUUCCAUCUUGCUCCUGGAGUAGACUUGAAGCUUUUUUCAAAACAAAGAGAAUCAAUAUAUGUGAAUCGGGUCCUUUUACUUCUCCAUGCAAAUAAAAUGGAUCAGGCUCGAGAACUUGUUGCUGCACUGCCAGACAUGUUUCCUGACAGUGUGACGCCUGCAUUACUUCAGGCUGGAGUUUUUGUAAGAGAAAACAAGGCUGGGAAAGCUGAAGACAUUUUAGGGCAGUUUUCAGAGAAGUUUCCUGACAAGUCCAAGGUUGUUCUCCUGGCGAGGGCACAGGUUGCAGCUGCGGCUGGCCAUCCUCAUAUUGCAGCUGAGUCCCUUGCUAAGAUACCUGAUAUCCAGCACAUGCCUGCGACUGUUGCUACUCUUGUGUCUCUUAAAGAGCGUGCCGGCGACAUUGAUGGUGCAGCUGCCGUGCUUGAUGCUGCAAUCAACUGGUGGUCAAAUGCCAUGACUGAGGACAACAAACUUAGUGUUUUAAUGCAAGAGGCUGCUUCCUUCAAGCUCAGGCAUGGUCGAGAAGAGGAUGCUGCCCGUCUAUAUGAGGAGCUUGUGAAACGCCAUGGAAGUGUGGAAGCAUUGGUUGGGCUUGUAACUACAGUUGCUCGUGUGGAUGUUAAGAAAGCAGAAGCUUAUGAAAAGAAGCUGAAACCUUUACCAGGUUUGAAGGCUGUCGAUGUGAACAGUUUGGAGAAGACAUCUGGGGCUAAACAUGAUGAGGGAAUUUCUGAUGUUAGGAUCACUGAGACAUAUGAAGAGGGGAAGAGUAAGGCCAAGUCAAAGAAAAAGAGAAAGAGAAAGCCAAAGUAUCCUAAAGGGUUUGACCCUGCAAACCCAGGGCCACCACCAGAUCCAGAAAGGUGGCUCCCCAAGAGAGAAAGGUCAAGCUACAGGCCUAAGAGAAAGGAUAAGAGAGCGGCUCAGGUAAGAGGCUCUCAGGGUUCCGUAGCUAGAGAUAAACAUGAAGCUGGUGCCACAUCCAACACUUCAAAUUCAAAAUCAAACCAAGCAACUACCACCAAAGGAGCCUCUCAGAAUGCAGUUGCAGAGCCGUCCAAGCCCUCUUCAUCUAAGUCGAGAAAAAAGUCUAGGAACUAG